AUGCAACUGCAGUCAUGGUUGGCGCUAAUUCCUGUUUACGCAUUGUGUGCUGUUGGCUACUCUGCUAUGCUUCGCAACGUUCCUGCACUGCUAGUGGUUAUCUACUCGGCGACUUUCUUCUUCCUUAUUUGUGGGCCAGGGAUGUCUACGUACAUAAUACCAGCUGAGAUCUAUCCAUCCCAGGCCAAAGGCACCCUGGUUGGGAUCUCCGCAGCUUGCGGCAAGCUCGGAGCAUGGCUGUUCGUGAUUCUGACCAGCUUCCUGGACUUGGACGCGACGCCUGGGAGAACCUCGCUGUUUGCCAUGUGCGCGGUAGUGUCUGCUGUUGGAGCCCUGGCAACGCUCUUCUUCACACCAAGGUAUGAUGACAAAGAUUUGGCACGUGUCCUGCCGGCCGAGACGGUGGGCUUUGUCCCCUUGGGGUGGCAGCGGGCACGCCGGCAGAGGAAGCUGGACGAGUGCUCGAGCAGGAGCGACACCGAGACAGAUCGGGGGAACAGUCCAGCUCGACGGAGUCGAGCGGAACAUGACUGCCCACUGCUGGGCAUGUGCGGGUGUUGUCAGUGGUGA